AGUAGCGUCGCGACGGCCGCCGACGCCGCGUCUCGCACGCACGUACGCAGCAGCCUGCCGCGCCGCCUACGCACGCGAGCCCUCCGGUACGCGAACACGCACGCAGGUGCCGCACGGCUCACGCCGAGUGCACUGCCGUUGCCACCAGCCCGCGCCCAACGUUGCGAAUCUGACUCUUCUCCCAGGAUGGCGCUACGGUAUCAAAUUGAGAACCUACAACAGAUGCGCCAGAGGUCAUAAGUAGACGAGCAGCCGGCAGCAGCCAUGAUGGGGUGCGGGGGUUCCCGCGGGCUGUGUCCCUGCGUGCGCGCCAAGGGCCUCAGCGCCGCGCAGGACAGCGACUCGGACGCCAGCGACGCCAGCUCCGCCAAAAGCACCCUCCACCAGCAGCCGCAGCAGCAGGGCGGGGGUGGCGCCUGUCCGGCCGCCAGCGGACUGCUCGCCGCGCUGUUCCGCUGCCGCAAGGCGCGCAAGAGCGAGUUCAGCAUGCCCAAGGUCGAGAGGACUAUGAAGGCGGCGAUCCUGAUCCAGCGCUGGUACCGCCGCUACCUGGCGCGCAUGGAGGUCCGCCGCCGCUACACGUGGACCAUCUUUCAGAGCAUCGAGUACGCUGGUGAGCAGGAUCAGGUCAAGCUGUACAAUUUCUUCAACGCGCUGCUGACACACAUGCCGGACCCUACGGUGCCACGACCCGUGGGGACGGAGGUCGCCAAGAGUCCCACCUCAGGGUCGGCGAGCGCGCAGCCAGCGGACGACGAGUCCAGCGAUGGAGGACUCAGCCCGGUGGACAGCACCUACAAGGGCAUCCACGUCGGCUCGCCGCUCUCCAGGGCAGACCUCGACAACCUCAUCGACUGCUUCCGGAAAAAAAAGCAGCCGCACCGCCUGCACGCGCGCUACGUGGCCAGCAUCCUGCGGGAGGCCGCCGCCGCACUCAAGCGGCUGCCCAACCUCAACCAGGCCUCUACCUCCGUCAGCAAGCAGGUCACCAUCUGCGGCGACCUGCACGGCAAGCUCGAGGACCUGCUCGUCAUCUUCCACAAGAACGGGCUGCCAUCCACGGAGAAUCCGUACGUCUUCAACGGCGACUUCGUGGACCGCGGGAAGAAGGGCCUCGAGGUGCUACUGCUAUUGCUGGCCUGUCUGCUCGUGUUCCCCGGCGGAGUCUUCCUUAACAGGGGUAACCAUGAGGACCACAUCAUGAACACGAGAUAUGGGUUCAUCAGAGAAGUGAGACUGAAGUAUCGGCAAAACGCAGACCGGCUUCUCAAGCUGAUCGAGGUGGUGUACCGGUCUCUGCCGCUGGGCACAGUGGUCAACAACAAGGUGCUGGUGGUGCACGGUGGCAUCUCCGACAUCACCGACCUGGAGUGGGUGCGCUCUCUGGACAGGCACAAGUACGUGUCUCUGCUGCGGCCGCCCGUCACGGACAGCCAGGCACCUGGGGCGGAGCUCAUCGACAAGAUGGAGUGGAAGCAGGUGUUCGACAUCCUGUGGAGCGACCCGCAGCCGGCGGAGGGCUGCGUCCCCAACUCGCUGCGCGGCGCCGGCACCUACUUCGGCCCCGACGUCACGGACAAGUUCCUGCAGAAGCACAAGCUGCAGUUCAUCGUGCGCUCGCACGAGUGCAAACCCGGCGGCUACGAGCUCACGCACGGCAACAAGGUGAUCACCAUCUUCUCGGCGUCCAACUACUACGAGCUGGGCUCGAACAAGGGCGCCUACCUGAAGCUGGUGGGCAGCGAGCUGUCGCAGCACUUCGUGCAGUUCACGACGGCCACGUCGCGCGCCAAGCGGCUCACCUUCCGGCAGCGCGUCGGACUCGUCGAGACCUCCGCCAUCCGGGAGCUCAGCACGCAGAUACUGGCCUGCCGGGACUCGCUGCUCGCAGAGUUCCGGACUCACGACCCCGGCGACACAGGCUUUAUCACGGUGAGCGAGUGGUGCGCCGCCAUGGAGGCCAAGACGGGUCUGACUCUGCCGUGGCGCAUGCUGAAGGACAAGUUGGUCAGCAUGGACCCGGCUUCCGGCCGCGUGCAGUACGUCACCACCUUCCAGGAGCACCUGCCAGGCCGCAGAGCCGUCACCGAGACAACGGUGGCUGAAACGCUGUAUAGAAACAAAUCGAGCUUGGAAGCCAUCUUCAGGAUAAUAGACAAAGACAAUUCAGGUUACAUAUCGACGGAGGAGUUCUCGGACGCGUGUUCACUGCUGAGCGAACACUUGCAGAACCCCAUCUCGUCCGAGCAACUGCUCGACAUCUGCCGCUCCAUGGACAUCAACAAGGACGGCCUGGUCGAUCUGAACGAGUUCCUCGAGACCUUCCGGCUGGUGGACAUGGAUCGCGACGAGGGCGACGAUGACGACUACGAGUCUCCAGAGGAGAGCACCCCGCGCGCCGAGUGAACACGAAACACAGUGACACCACUGGCGAAAUCCAGCCACGGCGGUGUCUGCUCAUGUGUAAGAACGGGUCAUGGGGACAGUGCUAGCGUGGUACUUCGAAACGGCGUCGAAGAUCUGAGCCGGACGAUGUGGCUGUGAACCCCAGAAAAGUGUUCGAGAAGCUGAUCUCAAGAAGAUUUAGAAGUUUCAGAGUUGCGCGAUUUCACAAUUCAUGUUUCCUCCAUCACGUUCAAAGAUGCAGGAUGAACAUCGGUACAUGAAUUUCCUCAGCAUCAAAUAAGGAAGUAAUAUGAUACAGAUACUACCCUUCACAAUACUCGUUGCGUAUCAUAUGGUUAGUAACCUACACAAUGCUUGUUCCAUUUAAACUGAAGGCACAAUUUUGAACAAAUGUAGUAGAACUUCCUUAUAAAUGCAUUGUGCUGCAGUGUUUCAAGUAAAGUGAACGGCACAGAACAGUGAAAAGAUAAAUAAAAAUCCGAUAUACAUCGCAGAGUUUAACUGGAAUGGUACUCGUCUCUGAUGGUGAACUUAUUGAGGUUCUAAAUGCGGAACGUCGUGUCGACGUACAUAGAUGUAUAUAAUUUUAUUUUGUCGCAACUCUCUUCAAACGAAUCCCAGUUUACUAUUUUGCAGAACAGGACUGCAGAACGGACAGUGAAAACCUUAAUAGAUGUAGUGAAUCUAUCCGAAUAACCAGUUGUUCUUCGUUCAGUUUACUCAGUGUGUUAAAUCUUUUUUUAAGCAGCUGUCAUUGUGCGAAACUGAUAAAAUUACGCGAGUGGUCAAUAUAAGUAUUCAGUACUCCCUAUGCACUUUUAAAAGCUUUGUCUUUCAAAUAACCAAAUAAUGAAGGCGGAGAAGAAUUACCGAUGUCAUAAGCGUAUCUGGCCUCAGAAAUCACGUGUGUUGUAUACUGUGUACUCUCGUUUGGAAUCUUCCUUUCAAGAAGGAAGCAUUUGUGGAGAUUAGUGGGAAAAAAUCGGCCCACAGAUGUAGACAGUUUUAUUUACGAUAGAGAAAGAAAUGUGUCUAUAUUACAGUAAGAACAGUGAGUUACUCUUUCGAAAUCUAUGCGAGACAUACAACAGGUUUUCCAAGUUUCCCUCAAUUCCUUGCUGUAACAUUCAAGAGCACCCAGAAACGAAAAUUUCCUAAACGUGUGACCACAAUUUUACCACUCAUGUUCAUAAAUAACAGUUAAGGUGGUCAUUAGUUUUUCGUUCCUUCCGCUGUACAAUGUAAAAGUGACAUAUAUUAUACAAUCAUACAUCCCAGGUGUGUAUUUGGUGAUAAGGCACUACGUUAACCAGUUAGUUCGAAUUUUCAGUAGCAGGAAUAUAUCUAGUCUAAAAUGCUUGCUGUUUUCUACAAUCCCUACAUGAUAUACAUGUUUGUGCAGUGUACGAGGAACAUACUAUAAUAGUGUUAUAAAAGACUAUGUGUAAAAGGUUUUUUUAUGAAAAAUAUUUGUCACUAUCAAGGCCAGACUGGAUACCUUGUUCUAUUCAGGAUUGUAACAUCAUCCCACAAAACCCCUGACAUUAUGGCGUGGAUGGUAUGGUAACAAGAAAUAAUUUACUGUUAUGGUUAUUCUAUGAACUUUUCAGGAGUUAAUUAUUUUUUUAACUCUCUCCUAUUAGAGUUCUAUACAUUCUGCAAAAGAGAAACUAUCCUGUGUGUAGUGAAAAAUCGGAGAGCAGAGUUUACUUGGGAUAUAGCAACGAGAAGAUCAGUAACGCAGGACUUUUCUAAAAAAAAAUUUUAAAGGAGAAGAUGUAGUAUUCUUAUAAGAGUGUGGUAUAUAUUUACCUAUAAAGAUAAUUAAACCUUGGCAACCUUUUAUGUUCAAACGGUGCUACUUAUUAACGGGAAUUAUGCUAUCCAGCGUCUUCCCUACAGAGGAAUGUAGAUACAUACACACUCACAAGGACACAAGUUAAGCGUCCACAAGUAAUUAUGGAAACAUCAUUGUAGACGAUGUGGUGGUGGUUGUUGGGAUGUUUAAGGGGGACUAAACAGCUAAGGUCAUCAGUCCCCCAGUAGACGAUGUAAUACCAUUUUUGUAGAGCUGCAAAAUUACAUCAGUGGAGUUGCCAAUACGAGUAUACUGUUAGUUCCACGUCGGUAGGAUGUGGAAUUCUGUCGGUCACGGAGUCAUACAUCGAGAAUUUUCAGAUAAACUCAUAAAAUCUUUGUAUGAGUGUUGUAACAAGCGGUUCGCAAUAUUCUGGAUAUCACCAUUUGAUUCGAUUAUAGGGGCAAGCUCAAACCAAAUGUGGUCUAAAGCAGAUGCUAUUUUCAGUAGCGUGAGUGUUUUAGCAUUGAGCAAACAGUGGACAUACGUGUGUGUUGAGCGUGCAGAGACCUGUAUUACUGAAAUACUGUGCCAGAACUUUGUCUCAUAAGUGGCAACAGAACUUUCUUCGUGGCGCUGGUGGUGUCUUGCAGUCGUAUCACAUAGUAUUCCCUUUCAUUCUACCAAAACAGUGCCUAUGUAAUACUUCAAAAAACUGAGACAUUACUGGCCUGCCUCUUUCUUCAUGCUAUGCCCUAUCCCUCCCUCAACUGUGCCAAAACAUUCGCACAUACUUCUUCCCUCGUCUUUGAACUAAGUCAUUAUCGAAAAUAACGUUGUGUUUUAGUGAUUCUGAAUGAUUUUGAUACUCCGCUCUAUCUCAGAAACGACAAUUAUUGAGUGGUAUAAAGUAUGGUGAUUUCACCAUCAUGUAGUCACAUGUAACAGUAAAUACAUCUCCGCCUUCUCAUCUUCAAAUUCUGCAUGAAAUCAAUGUGACGACAGAACGAGGAAUUUCUUGAACUUUUACGAACCAACGGAUCAAGAUUCACUGAUUCUAAGCAUGAUUCUCUUUGUGCAGACUCACCGUGAUUAUUCCACAAUGUAACAUUUUGCAACAUCAUCUAAUCUAUACUUUAGAAGUGGAGGGCUCUUCGUGUACCACCGUCCUUUUCCAGGUGUUUCUGUUCGCACCAUGUGAUUAAAUCGCAAAUUCUUAAUACCAAAGAUACAUACUACAUUCUGUCAUGUCCUAACCCAUUCCACUAUGCUUAAAAAUGACAGUAUGUGACGAC